AUGGACAGCCAGAAGCAGGAGCGUGACUCUCGAGAACGCGAGCAGCUACGCAAGCAAGUCGCAGAUGACACUCGCGGCAUCCUCAGCAACCUCUGGCCCUUGCAACCUGUCCGGCUCUUCAUCGACCUCCUUUGGGCUGUACUGCGUCUGUUCUCUCCGCUCGCGCCACAUCUUGUACCUUUAGCGGUUUUCUCUGUCAUACUACCUCUCAUCAUACUCCUGUCUAUCGCGUCGGGCUUCUUUGUCUGGAAGAACAUUGCGGUCAGUUGGGAGACAGACAUCUACCUCCAAUAUGGCGACGGUGCUAUACCGCACGCGGAGGUCGCGUUGUGGAACGUGGCCCCCAAUCAGCCCUACGACAUAUCUCUGCACCUUGUCGUACCUGCGAAUGAAGCUAACAUCGCUCUCGGCAAUUUCAUGGCGAGCCUGACACUCGUCGGUCCAUCAAACAGCACCAUUGCAGAAGCACGCAAGCCGGCAAUUGUUUUACCGCAAUACCUUGCUCCGUGGUCGUUCCUAUAUAACAGGCCGGGUACCGUCAAUCUCGAGCUACCUAUGCUCAAUGACUUCGUGGUGGGGACUUCCCGCGCGACUGCGAGGGUUGAACUUGGUCGUCGCGACCAGUGGAGGACGCUCGGUGAGGGGCACGGGCGCGAGCUCGCGGUCCUCUCAGGGUCCGUUCGCGGAUUCGUUAGAAAGCAUGGCAUCCGUGGCCUCAUAUCGCGAUUCCCGCUCCUCUCCGCCCUCGCCGCCUCGGGCGUAUUCUUCUUCAUCCUUUUCAUUGGUCUGGUCGCGUGCCUCAUGCCGGCGGUCGAGUGGCACUACCCUUCUGAGCCUGAUGAGCCGCGUCAGCUGGAACCCGAAGAUAAACCUCGCAGACGGAGGCGAUCCCGCCGUCCCGAAUACAUCGAACGUAGCGAGAGCAAGAGUCGUCCAAAGACGCCCACCUCGGCUAGGAGGACAGAAGGCAGCGGCUCUCGGAGACAAGCGGUCAGUGCAGCUAUCUUUCUCCAGUUACUUCUGUUGACCUUCAUGUUUUGCAGAGCGGUGACAUUAAGACCGAGGGCGAAGACGACGGGGGCGCCGCAACGUACCAGACGUCCACAGCAGCCCCGGGGACGACUGCAACCGCUUUCAGCGACACAGUGCCCUCUGUCCGACGGCGACUAUCACGACCUCCUGAGGGCGACUUCUUUGAGACAUAGAUCAUGGUUUUGUGCAUAA